UCACGUGACCGUUGCAGCUCCCAGUCCUGCUCCCUGUCCCAGGCCAGGGUGGACACUUUCAGGGGCUCCUUCUGGGAGGGGUACCAGCAGUGUGCCGCUGGGCGUGGAGGGAUUAAUCAGUGACAGGAAGCUGCCUCUUUCGGAGCAGUGACUGCUGUGGUCAGGAGAGCCUCUGCCAGGCCAGCCCUAGGAAUCUGUCCUGCUCCUCGCCUGCUGCUUACCCCUGCUCCUGCCAUGGGGUGCCUUGGGGCCCUCCUCUUCCUGCUUGGGGGCCUGGGAGCUCUCGCCCAGAUCUGCGAAAUAACAGAGGUGGACAGCACGCUGGUGGAGAGGCUGGGCCAGCGCCUCUUGCCCUGGAUGGACCGGCUCUCCCCGGAGCAGCUGAACCCCAGUAUCUACGUGGGCCUGCGCCUCUCCAGCCUGCAGGCUGGGGCCAAGGAGGCCCACUACCUGCACAGCCUCAAGCUCAGCUACCAGCAGAGCCUCCUGAGCAAUGACAACAGUGACUCCGAGGCCAAGCCCUCCAUGGGCCAGCUGGCCCUCUACCUGCUCGCUCUCCGGGCCAACUGCGAGCUUGUCGGAGGCCGCAAGGGGGGCAGGCUGGUCUCACAGCUGAAGCGGUUCCUGGAGGACGAGAAGGGGGCCAUUGGGCAUCAUCACCAGGGCCACCCUCACACCAGCUACUACCAGUACGGCCUGGGUAUCCUGGCCCUGUGUGUCCACCAGAAGCGGGUCCAUGACAGCGUGGUGGGCAAGCUCCUGUACGCUGUGGAACACGAACAGCAUCUCCAGCGGGGCCACUUCCCUGUGGACACACUGGCCAUGGCGGGCUUGGCCUUCUCUUGUCUGGAGCUAUCCAACCUCAACCCCAAUCAGAGAAACCGGAUCACUGUGGCCCUCGGGAGAGUGCAAGAGAAGAUCCUGAAGGCCCAGACCCCAGAGGGCCACUUUGGGAAUGUCUACAGCACCCCUCUGGCACUGCAGUUGCUGAUGGCCUCCCUUAGGCCCAUGGUGGAGCUGGGCACAGCAUGCCUCAAGGCCAAGGCUGCUCUGUUGGCCAGCCUGCAGCACAAGGCCUUCCAGAACCCUCUCAUGAUUUCUCAGCUGCUGCCCAUCCUGAACCAGAAGAGCUAUGUGGAUCUCAUCUCCCCAGACUGUCAGGCACCAAGAGUCCGGUUGGAACCAGCUACGGAGACCCCUUCACAGACCCAAGUCCCAGAGUUCAUCCAUGUCACACUGAAGGUCUCCAGCAUCUUUGACAGACACUCCGUCUCUGUCCCUGUUGGCUCCUCUUUGGAAGAUGUCCUGAAGAAGGCCCAGGAGCACAGCAGAUUCAGGUAUGGAACACAGGCCUCCUUGUCAGGCCCCUACCUGACCUCUGUGAUGGGGAAGAAAGCUGGGGAACGUGAGUUCUGGCAACUCCUCCGAGUCCCCGACACCCCCCUGCUGCAAGGUAUUGCUGACUACAGACCCAGGGAUGGAGAAGCCAUCGAGCUGAGGCUGGUUGGCUGGUAGAUGCCAGGCUCACCACCCCAGCUGCCUCCCACACUUCCUGGGCUUCUGCCCUCCCUCCAGACAUCCCUGUAACAGGCACACGCCUGACCUUGCUGCCUCCUCUUGUGCCCUUGUCCCCGGAUCGCCACAGCCACCACCCCUGUGGGUGUCCUAAACCACCGCCCACCCUGGAGCAGGGAGCCCAGCACCUUCCCCGGCAGGUCUGUCUGCCCGGGUCUGGCCCCACCUGGCCCCGCAGGUAUCCGGUGAAGGCCACUCAGGCUGGAGGGCAUGAGCAUCUCAGACUCCUUGGCACGAGGAGGCCACCGGCCACUGGCGUUGUGAGUACCGCUUGCUCUGGGAUGGGGGUCCUGCAAGGAGAGCUCUGUGGCCCUGACCCUAGCUUUCCACUCUUCACUCCAUCGGGGCUGCUGCCCCAGAGCCGACUGCGGCAUAGCAGCUGGCGAGGGCUCUGCAGGGCUGCUGUCAGCCCACCUUCAAAAUGAUUAAAGAAUUGAUUGUGCACAUGC